AUGGAGAUUGAUGAAGCAGGUGCAGGGUGUGAGAUUCAAGAUGAAGAUCAAGUGAUGAUCCAAGAAGAACACAUUAGAUCUUAUGAGUGCACUUUUUGCAAGAGGGGUUUCACAAAUGCCCAAGCUUUAGGAGGCCAUAUGAACAUACAUAGAAAAGACAAGGCCAAGAUGAAGCAAUCAGCUUCGUCAUCGUCGUUGUCGAUGUCGUCCAACAAGAUGCCUGUGGAUGACAUCUCGAAGAUUAUUUCGACCCCUGCGAGGUUACCGUGGGUUAUCCCGUCAACCACUACAGAAGGCCGAGGCCGAGGCGAAGACAGAGGGGAAAUUGGGGAAAUUACCUCUUCGACAAUGGAAGAAACCCUAAAAGGUAAAGUUCAACAGCUUCAACUUUUCGAGAAAUCUUCGAAUAUGGAUCAGAAGUUUAGGGUUCAUCAAGUACUCCCAUUGGAAGCUAGCUCCGAUCAGAAGAUGGUCCCGCCGUUUCAACAUGGUUCAACUGUCUCGGAGCUCGAUCUUGAGCUUAGGUUGGGGCCAGAGCCACAAAACUCAACUCCAUCAUCAACCCCAACUGGUAGCAGUAGACACUUCUUUUGA